AUGGGUGCGCUGAUUGUCCUGGAUGUCCACGGCAUCUCCGUCCUGGAGCAGAUUGACGCUGCGAAGUGCAGGUCUGUCAAUGACUUCGAUUGGAGCAAGCAGCUUCGAUACUACUGGGCGAUGGAGGAGGUGCUAAUGUCAGAUGGAACACGGACCUCCGAUACUUGCAUCGUCAAGCAAACCAUCGCCAACAUUCGGUACUCCUUCGAGUACCUGGGCAACACUCCACGUCUGGUUGUCACGCCCUUGACGGACAAGUGCUACAUGACGCUGACCGGCGCCAUCCACCUCAAUUACGGAGGUGCUCCUGCCGGACCCGCGGGCACGGGGAAGACCGAGACCACCAAGGAUCUGGGCAAAGCUCUGGCGGUUCCCGUUAUCGUGUUCAAUUGCUCCGACGGCUUGGACUACAAGAUCAUGGGCCGCUUCUUCAGUGGUCUGGCCCAGGCCGGCGCUUGGGCCUGCUUCGAUGAGUUCAACCGCAUCCAGGUGGAGGUGUUGAGUGUCAUCGCCCAGCAGAUGCUCACGGUCACCCACGCCAUCAGGGCUCGCAAGGAGACCUUCGAGUUCGUGGGUCGCGAGAUUCCGUUGAACCCGCGCUUCGGAGUGUUCAUCACCAUGAACCCCGGCUAUGCUGGUCGUGCCGAGCUGCCGGACAACCUGAAGUCCCUCUUCCGCCCUGUGGCCAUGAUGGUCCCUGACUACUGUCUCAUUGCGGAGAUCAUCCUCUACUCUGAGGGCUUCGGAAGCGCCACGGCCCUCGCUCGGAAGAUGGUGAACUUAUACAGCCUCUCCUCGGAGCAGCUCUCCAAGCAGGACCACUACGACUUCGGCAUGCGAGCUGUGAAGUCGGUCCUGGUCAUGGCCGGCCAGCUCAAACGCAAAUACCCUACUUUGGUGGAGGAUGUCACUUUGAUCCGCGCCCUACGUGACUCGAACGUGCCCAAGUUCUUGUCGUUCGACCUGCCGCUUUUCUUCGGAAUCAUCAGUGACCUGUACCCAGAAGUGGACGUUCCGUACGUGGACUACGGGAGCCUGCAGAAGGAAAUCGAGAACCAGCUGCGGCUUUCGAAGCUGCAGGUGGUGCCCUCCUUCGUGGGGAAGAUUAUUCAGCUGUUGGAAACCCAGCUGGUGCGUCACGGCGUUAUGGUGGUCGGCAACACCUUCAUCGGCAAGUCCACUAACAUCCAGGUUCUCUCCAAGGCGCUCUCCAAGCUGCGCCAGGACGUGGCCCGGGACAUCUGGGGCCUUAGGCCACGAGGCUGGAAGUUGUGGCUGGGCACAGCCGGGGAUGCUGGUCAAGGCAGGGACAGGUAG